UAUAGUUAAAUAUCUUCUUGUUCCAAUUAUUUUUCCUUCUUCAAACUUCAAUUAUCCAAUUCUCUCUCACUUCAACAAAAUUUUCUGAACAAAUAUUUAUAUUAUUCAUAGCUUUGUAAGAAAACUGUGAAUAUUCAAUAUUGUAAAUUUUGUGACUGAAACUAUGAAUUGUUGAUCAGAAACUGUUGAUUUUUGGAGUUCUGCUGAAGAUUAACUUUUUUCUGGAAAACUUUGUAAUUCAGGCAAAAUGAGCUCUCUGCAAGGGCCUGUUGUUUGCCCUCUUUUUUGUGGAAACCGAACAGGGGCCAUCCAUUCAUCUAUAGUGAAGGCUAAGAUGCUGAGGAGUGAGUUAUGGGGGUUUAAUGGGAUAACUAACCGGCGGGUUAAUGUGACUCUACUACCACGAUCACGUGUAAGCAAGUUUAUCCGAUGCAGUUUCAGUUCAUCAUCAAACGACAAUGGUAGUAUGGCCGAAAAUUUUAAUGAAAGUGAUGCUGAUUAUGUGAAUUCUAGCGUGGUUGAAGCUGUUGAAGUGCAAAGACGGAAAGAUGGUUUCAUGAUCAAGAUGAGAGAUGGCAGACAUGUGACAUGCGUCCAUAACAAUCCACAGGGGGUUCAGAUACAUGAUUAUGCUCCAAGCCCAGCGAUUGUGCUAAGGAUGGAGGACGGGACUGGGCUGCUUCUUCCUAUAAUUGUUUUGGAGAUGUCAAGUGUACUGCUCAUGGCUGCUGUACGCAAUGUCCAACUUGCCAGACCAACAAUUUAUCAAGUUUUGAAGGAAAUGGUUGAUCAGAUGGGCUAUGUAGUUAAACUUGUUCGAGUUACCAAAAGAGAGCACGGGGCUUAUCUUGCUCAGUUAUAUCUAACCAAGUUAGAUAAUGAUGCUGAGUGUAUUAGCUUUGAUCUUCGUCCUUCUGAUGCAAUCAACAUCGCUGUGAAAUGCAAGGUGCCAAUACAAGUCAAUAAAAACUUGGUGUACAGUGAUACUGUGAGGAUUGUUGAGUCUGCAGAUCCUGCACCCCACACUGCCACUCCUGAUGGCCUAUUGUUUGGUGAGCUUGACAAACCUAUGGGGAAGCCAUCCAAUGAUGAAAAGGAGUUUAUUCUUGUGCGGAACAUGCUGGUUGCUGCAGUAGAAGAACGAUACAGAGAUGCAGGAGCUUAGACGAAGGCAUCAACUUGGACUUUUAUCAAGUAUCUGGUUCCUUUCUGGACGUGUCAACCUCUUAGUACGGUGAAAAACACUUCCUCGCACUCCUGCUUACUGAAAAACUAGUCCUCUCUCUGCGAGGGAUUGAGGAUGAGGGAACUUUUCUUAUGGAUUUCAACUUUUCAUCUGGACAUCAAGAUAAUUGACAAAGGUGGUGCUUUGAACAUUUUCGUUGAAGUCGUCCAGCAUCCCUCAUUUCCUAUCAAUCUUUCCCAGGUUUUUCCUAAUCAGGAGAAAAGGGAGGUGCUCAGAAGUACAUGAAAUGUCUUCAGAUUAGCACAAAACUGAAAAAUUGAGGGUCUUUGUCUGCCUGGUUUGUAUUAUGUAAAGAUAUGACACCUGGUCUAACUCAAACUUAAAAGCUAGCUAAUGAAGAUAUGAUUGCGCAAAUCCAUAUAAUCAGACCACCAGUUCUCAAACUUAAAAGCUAGCUAAUGAAGAUAUGAUUGCGCAAAUCCAUAUAAUCAGACCACCAGUUCAUUAUUCACUCGACUGCUAUUGUUUUCUGUUUUGUUGAAAAAUUCUUG